AUGGCCUCGACAAGUGGCUCUAGAGCUCCGGUGAGUUUGCAACAAAGAGUUGUUAGGAUUCAGCAUUCUACCGAGGAGAAUGAUCACAAAUCUACUAGUGAGCCGAAGGUGAUUGAUCUUGAGCAAUCAGUUGAUCCUGAUGAGGUGUGUCUGCUGUUGCCUAGAGAAGAUGCUGAGUCCAACAAACCUGCUAAUAAUGAUUUUGAUACCUCAGAGUCCAAUAUCUCUUUCUCCGGGUCUGAAAGGAACUCUAAAGCUCAUGAUCUUGAGGUAACCGACAUUAGAAGCUCACUGGAAACUUCCUUUGAUCAGGGAAAGAAUUCAUCUGGCAUUAGCAAUCCGAAGGUAAUUGAUCCUGAUAAGGCGCGUCUGCUGUUGCCAAGAGAAGAUACUGAGUCCAACAAAUCUGCUGAUAGUGAAAAAAAAUCUUUGAUCCUUCUUGAUACCUCAGAGUCCAAUAUCUCUUUCUCAGGGUCUGAAAGGGAGUUUGAAGCUCAAAAUCAAGAGUUAACCGACAUUAGAAGCUCACUGGAAGUUUCCUUUGAUCAGGGAAAGAAAUCAUCUGGCAUUAGCAAGCCGAAGGUGAUUGAUCUCGAGCAAUCUGUGGAUCCUGAUAAGGCGUGUCUGCUGUUGCCUAGAGAAGAUGCUGAGUCCAACAAAUCUGCUAAUAGUGAAAAAAGUUCUUUGAUCCUUUUUGACACCACAGAGUCCAAUAUCUCUUUCUCCGGGUCUGAAAGGGAAUCUAAAGCUCAAGAUCUUGAGUUAAUCAACAUUAGAAGCUCACUGGAACCUUCCUUUGAUCAGGGAAAGGAAUCGUCUGGGAUAGGAACUGUAAAAGUUAGUGAUGGAACCAAUAGCCUUGCAAAAACCAGUGGAAGCACGAAAGUGAGUGACCCUGCUGAGUUUAUUGAGAGUGGAAAGAGCAGCAUGUGUCGCGAAAGAGCACUGAUUGAUCUUGAGCAAUCAGUUGAUCCUGAUAAGGCGAAUCUACUGUUGCCUAGAGAAGAUGCUGAGUCCAACAAAUCUGCUAAUAGUGAAAAAAAUUCGUUGAUCCUUUUUGAUACCUCAGAGUCCAAUAUCUCUUUCUCUGGUUCUGAAAGGGAAUCUAAAGCUGAAAAUCUUGAGUUAAAUGACAUUAGAAGCUCACUGGAAACUUCCUUUGAUCAGGGAAAGAAAUCAUCUGGCACAGGGAGUGUAAAAAUUAGUGAUGGGACCAAUAGCCUUGCAAAAACCAGUUCUUCCAUAGGGAGUGUAAAAGUUAGUGAUGGAACCAAUGGCCUUGCAAAAACCAGUGGAAGCACGAAAGUGAGUGACCCUACUGAGUUCAUUGAGAGUGGAAAGAGCAGCAUGUGUCGGGAAAGUACAAGCAGUGAUAUCAGUAAUGAGAGCACCUCUAGCAGCAGCUUUAGUAGCAGCAUCAAUAAGCCUCACAAAGCAAAUGAUGUUCGAUGGGAAGCCAUCCAAGCUAUCCGCUAUAGGGAUGGUGCAUUGGGUUUGAACCAUUUCAGGCUCCUAAAACGGCUAGGUUGUGGAGACAUUGAAGAAGAGUUACUUGUGCUUAAGUAA